AUUCUAACACACAAACACACACACACACACACACACACUCCCCCAGCUCUGAGCGCUGAGUGUAGAAAGGAGGAGAAAGAGUCUGUGUGUGAAUUGGACUCUAAGGUGACCUCAUAGCGUCCAGGUGGAUCUGCACACACACACACACACACACACAGCUCAUCUCCACUCCCUGAACCUCAUCAUGUCGCGCUUCAGCACACUGUCAGCUCAGGAGAGGAAGAGGCAAGCGGCGGCCAUUUGCAGUGAAAUCCACGGGACGACCAACGGUGAUACAAUGGAUCUGGGUAAAAAGCUCUCUGUCCCUAAGGACAUCAUGCUGGAGGAGCUGUCUCUCCUCUCUAACCGCGGCUCACGUCUCUUCAGAAUGAGACAGCGCAGGUCUGAGAAGUACACCUUCGAAAGUAUUCAAAAUGAAGCUAAUGCCACCUUAAAUAGUGAAGAUCAGACCAAUGCUGAGAAUGCAGAAAACAAAACUCCAAACACUCCAGAUGCCAAAAACCCAGCUAACCCUGAGGAUAUCGCACCAGGUUAUGGAGGUCCACUUAAGGAUCUUCCUCCAGAGAGGUUCAAUGCUACGGCUCUGCCCAAAUCUUACCACUCCCCCUGGGAGGAGGCCAUCAUAAACGAUCCGGCUCUGGCUGACACGCUGAAGCUCCACAUGCCUGCUCCAGAACCCAGAGCUGAGAUGCCUGACUACAAGAGCUUUAACAGGGUGGCCACGCCGUAUGGAGGAUUUGAGAAAGCUCCUCGAGGAAUCACCUUUAAAGUUGCUGAGCUGGACCUGAACCCACCGAGGUACCCGGAGCUGCAGGACCCCGCGGCCAAGCGACCCACCUUCAACCGCACGGCUCAAGGCUGGAUCUCCGACGGAGUUCCUCUCAUCUUACCCACAAUCCCUGUGGAGCCGUUGGAGAUUCCCGAGUCUGAUGACCUGUAAACACUAAACCCACAGCAGGAGAUCACAUCACAUCUCCUCUACAGUCAGAGCUUCAACAAUGCUCUCAAAACCUCAGCAGAUACGUUAGUGGAUGAUCUUCAACCACAUGAAGUCUGCAGCAGCGCUAACAAUGAGUUAAAAAAUAUAAAUACAUAAUAAAAGAAAAUAUAAAAAUAUUAUAAAAAUAAUUACUCUAGAUUCUGAUGUAUGAAAUCAUUUCUAUAAUUCAACAUUAUUACUAACAAUUAAUUACAACACUAUCAUUUUAUAACUAAAACCUUUAUCAGGAUAUUGUUCAAAUCUGAACCGUUUAAUAAAAAUAAAACAACUCACUGCAUCAGAACACUUCUGUGUUCAAUACAAAUCAUUCACACUGACAUCAGAACUCUUUUAUUUCUGAUUAAAUCCCAGAUCACUAAACCAGAACCAGAACCAUCACAUGACCUGCACACGAGCGUCCCAUCACAUCUGAUAGCAGCUUUAUUUUAUUUUAACCAAUACUUUAAUACCUUUACACUGACAUAUAAAUCAGUAAAAUACAGAGAGAGAGAGAGAGAGAGAGACAGAGAGUGAGAGAGAAAGAGAGGAGGAGGAGGAGGAGGAGUGUAAAUAUGAUCAGAUUUUUUGAAGCUGGUUUUUAUUGUAAAAAUCUUCUUGUGAAAUUUGACGUGCUUCCUGACAGAUUUGGCUUUGUUCAUUAUUUGUGUGUGUGUGUGUGUGUGUGUGUGUUUUGGUUUGAAUUUCUUUUCAUCCUGU